AUGGAAGGACGCACUGAUACGGAGACGAAGGCGGAUGGUCUGAGACAUGCCUCCUCCCUCAUCCAGAGGGAGGGUUCGCGCCCGAAAGCACUCACACCAUUCGCAUCGCCAACAAGCCAUGGACUGGCCUUGAGAUUGAGGAUUGCGAUGAUGGAGAUACCCCAACCAGCGCUGGCUCUGCACUAUUCAGACGGCGGCUCCCUCCUCUCCACCCCCCCCCCGCACAUAGGCCCCGCUACUACACCUGAGAGGUUCCCUGAGCCUGAAGACAAGGGCGUGCAGAUGGCUCAGGGCUACGCCUCCGCCUCGACCGAGACGACGUCUUCACCCAGCAAUGCCACUAUUACUCCUCACCAAGACCUGUCCUUCAAGGGCUCAGUGACCGCAAAUGGCGAUGACGCUGACAUGGUGGACGUAGUUGUGGACUCUGCUUUCGAGGACGAAGGCCUGCUAGAGUUUUUGAAGAGAAAGGAAGAACUGGCUCUUGGAUAUAGGAGAGGUGGUUUCGCACCAUUAUCCUGUCAUGAUAGGUUCGGUCCUGAGAACCAUCUUGCGCCGCGUCAGCACCCUGCCCGCGUCAAAGACUUCGGCGCUGCACACUCGCAAGGGUCCCGCGUCAUCGACUUCCUCUCUUCCACCACCGUGCUCGACAUGCAUCAUGUAUGGGAAAUCGAUGAGCUCGUUCGGCACAUUCUCAACCAGCUCGACAAACAAGAUCUGGCUCGAGCGACGCGUGUAUGCAGGGCAUUUGCGCAGCUCACUCGACCUCUGCUCUGGGAGGACCCAUUAUGGCGUCAACUGCAACACCUCCUACAGCCGGAUGUCGACGGCAACUACCCUUCUAAAUGCUUCUUGAGGAAUAAGCGCUAUGUGAAGGACAUAGCAGUGUGCUUGAGCUCUAACUCAGAAGACGCUCUCGCAAUGACGACAGAUAUGAUUCUUCUGCGCGGAUGGGAUCCGAUCCCAUUCUCCAUGCUUCGUUCAGUCAACUUGACGGGCUCAUCGUGUGUCCAUCUGGUGGCUGUCGAGUACAUUGUACAUGCGGGACUCGAACAACUUUCGGUGGAGAUGACCGACGAAACGUCUCGCCCCUCAGCCUUUGCGAACACAGCCCUCAUGCAGCAGCGCGCCCACUAUACGCUGUCCUUUCUCAAGACUCUGUCGACUGUGGCCCAGAAUCUGAAAUUGCUGAGUUGGAACUGCUCUGGAUGGAUCGAGGAUGAAUGCCCGGAAGUUGUGCAUGGGCUGGUCGAGACGAUUCGCUCGCUGUCGCACUUGGAAACCGCUGUUCUUACCGACAUAUGUGAUCUGGUAUUGCUCCACGCGUUAUCCGAGCAGCCAAAGUUGAAGAACCUUACUGUCAAAGGCUGGUCUCGGUCUGAGGCUACGCCUUUCCUAGCUCUAGGUGACCUCGUUCUAAGCCGGCUGUGGAAGCUUGAAUCAUUGACUUAUCGCCUUGUGGACGAUGUACCAGAACCCGAAGAUGAUCUCCUGUUCCUGUUCAUCACCGUCGGCAGAUCAUUCUCGAGACUCGAAAACUUGUCGCUUAAUCUUCUCUGGUCUCCAUCUCGAGUUGGGGGUAGCGCUCUGAAGCAGCUAACGGCUCUCCCUCAUCUCCACUACCUCGAAUGCCGCGUGCAUGCUACGAACGACGAUGAGAUGAACGAUGCCCUUCUCGCAGCUCUUGUAUUGAACUGCCCAGAGCUGGAAGUUGUGGUACUUCAUUGGGUCCAUCUGCAGGCUGUAACGAUGAGCGAAGCGGCAGCUUGGUCGACAUCGAUCCCUUGUGCCAGACUCUCACUCAGUAGUCUGCAACCAUUCGCGAAGCUCAUCCACUUGAGGCAGCUGUCGUUUCAUUCUGUCUCGCCGCAAUUCACGGCAGCUCUUGAUGUGACUCGGCCUUCCGACAAGCCGUCCUACAUUCCCAGCGGCUCUGAACCCCGCGAUGGCUUUUUGCAGCUGGACAUAUAUCUGCCUAGAAUCCUGGACCGUGGCCAGAUACUGGAUCUGAAAUCUGCACUAAUGGCCCAGGAUACUUGGCACGAGGUGGACGAGAUGCAGGAGGGACGAGAAGUCUGCGACUUCUUGACAGCUUUGUGGCCGCGUAAGCGGGUCAUCCUGCGUAUUCAUGAAGGCUUCAGCGCGAUAUGGAUGGCAGCAGAGCAACUCCUUCGACGGGAGGCUGCGGACGGUAUGACGAAGUGA